GUUUUCGAACGUGCUUUAUUGCUGUGUCACUUCUGGGCGUGCCACUUCGAGUUUCCACCCCCCUGUCUCUCUCUUUUUCUUUGCUCCCCCCCCGCAUUCUCGCCGCGAUGUUCUGGCCCAAGACGCGCUGGCUGACUCAGAGCUGGCAGACUGUAACACCGGGGUUCCCGCACCCCCCACACUCUUCCUGACACCGUUCGGGGAUGGCGGCAGCGGGGAACGCCCAUCCUCCCUCCGCUCCUCCCCAUCCUCCCUCCGCUCCUCCCUGCGCUCCUCCCUCCCUCCGCUCCUCCCUGCGCUUGCUCCUCCCCUCCCCCCUCCGCUCCUCCCCUCCUCCCUCCCUGCUGCUCCUCCCUCCCUGCUGCUCCUCCCUCCGCUCCCCCCCUCCUCCCUGCGCUUGCUGGUGAUGCCCCUCGCGCCCUCGACGCGCGGCCUCGCCCUCCAACGCAGGGAGCCCGCGGCAGAGGCGGCAUGGACCAUCGGCAUGGUGGCGCUGUGUGUCCAGGGCCAGAGUGUGGCGGAGGUCGACACGACUCCGGGCUGGGUGCGCCUGGCCCAUUCGAUGUCCGGCGAUGCGGGCCGCGUCGACCUGUCCUCCUCGGCUUCCCUCAUCCAAGACGGGGGGGGAUUGGUCAGAAUGGCCUGGAGCACGUCGGGUACGCCGGCGGACGCCAACCUGAUGUCCUCAUACGAAAAGAUUGUGGAGUUCCAGGUGCCUGGCGCCGUGACGGCCGGGUCACGGCCAACCGCAGGCCAGAAGUGCACAAACUCAGAUUACUUCACGCUCGUGGAUGUGACCUGCGUGCAGGGCGCGUGCAAUAUGCCCGCUCAAAUGUACACGGGCACUGGAUUCAACCGGAUCUGUUAUGACAACGCGUACGGGCUGGUGAACCUCAAUGGCCAAGGUCACGAUAUUUGCGACUGGCACAUGGAUUCUCAAAACAUCAAUUCUCUCUAUUUGGGAAGCUUCAGUGGAAAAGUUUGCAAUGGCGUCAAGGACACUACGGGGGCCGUCACCACUGGCAGUGCGAUGAACGCGGUCUCCAUAUGGUAUCUAGGGUCGUCUCCCUCGGCCACUGGCGAUCCCCACCUGCAGAACGUCUUCGGCGAGCGGUUCGAUUUGAUGAAGCCAGGCAACCAUGUUCUGAUAAACAUCCCUCGCGGAGAGAGCGUGGAAAACGCAUUGCUUCUUGUGACGGCCAGCGCGAAACGAUUGGGCGCAGAAUGCGCGGAUGUGUACUUCCGAGAACUGAACAUCACAGGGUCUUGGGCAGAGGCAACACAAGUCGGGGGGUAUCGAAGACCGCAUCGGCAGACCUUGUGGAGACCCCUGAGUGGACUGCCUUUGGCAAGGUCGAGGUGAAGGUCGUUCGUGGACGCACGGAUCGCGGCGUGGAGUACCUGAACUUCUACGUGAAGCAUCUGGCGCGAGCAGGGUUUUCCGUCGGAGGUCUCCUCGGCGAGGACGACCACACGGACGUAGCCGCUCCUCAGGAGCAGGAGCACUGCGCAAAGCGCAUGUCUCUCGCAAAGCCGACGACCGGCCACAGCAACUCCGUGGCGCUAUACUAGCAGCAGCAAGUUUCGCCGGAGGUGGAGCCCCCUUUUGCCAUACGUCCCCCGCUACUUUUGCACGGGCUCCGCUACAUUCUGAUGCUUCUCCAGAAAACAUAGAUCAAGCCUCUCAGGGCACAUCGCUUGAAUCGAGAGGAG